AUGAACAAUUUAGAUGUCUAUUUUAUAACUGAUGACGAUGAUGAAAGUUUAGAAACAAAUCCAGAAGAAGAGAGUAAUAAAGAAGAAAUAAAGAAAGAAGAAACGAAUAAUAAAGAAGAAACAAAGAAAGAAGAAACAAAUGAAGGUUGUAAAGAUCAAGGAGAUGGUGAUAGUUGUGUUACAGAGAGAAGUCAAUCACCAAUUAUUAGUUGCAUGAAAGAUGAACCAAAUGAUGUUAGUGAUAUUGAAGAGGAUGUUACUUCUGAUGAUGAAGGUAACGUUUAUUGGCAAAUCAUUAGUGAUGAAGUUUUAGAAGAAAGUUGGAAGAGUGCAAUGGAAGAAAUUAGUCCAUCAGUACUUAGUUAUAUAACAGGAAGUUAUAAAAAGCCAUCACCAAUUAAAAAAGAAUUUUCAAAUUCUAUUGACGAAAAGAAAUAUUUGUCAUUUAUGAAGUUUCAAGAUUAUUGUAAAUACUUAGACCAGUCUCCUGCAGAUCCUAAUGAAUUUACUGAAGAAAAAAUGAGAGUGUCAAUGUGUAUUACUGAAAAUGAAAAAUAUAUUAAAAGAAAAAAAGAAGAAAGGAAACAGGAAUUAUUAAGUCAAUAUACUCAAUGGAUUAAUGAAAAUCAAAAAGAUGUUGUGGGAUUAACUGGAUGGAAAAUUUUUGAAAGUAGAAAAUAUAAGUCUGAGCCUAAAUAUUCAGAAUAUAAAAGGUAUUUAAAUUAUACUUUUCUUAAUGAUAAACGAAGUUCUGAAUUCAAAAAAAUUACAUGCAUUGGUGGAAUGGACAAAACUAUCUCUUCACCUAAUGUAAAUCUAAAUACUGUAAGUUUCAACAACCAACAUGUUAUUACAUCUAUUCCUAAAACAAAUACUGUAAUUACCACUAAUAAUUCUGUUAUUCACAAAGAACCAAAUCCAAGUACUUUUACUUAUUCUGUUCCACCACCAAUACCUAAAACAAAUCCAAUACUUACUACAACUAUUCCAUCAUUCCAGCCACAACCAACCACCACCUCUUUUCAAAAUAAGAUUACUUCAGUCCCUAAACCAGAGACAGUUUAUUCUACAACUACAUUACAGCCUCAAGUAGCACCCCCACCACCCCCACCAGCUUCUCAUUCUAAUGCCAAUAAUUCUAAAUUCAGUAAAGAACUUCGUUCAAUUAGUCAAUUAACACAAGAACAAGCAAAUGCUCUUGCUGAACAAUUCACAAAUUCAAUACCAGGAGUUGAUCCAAUGUAUUACUUCCAAAUAUUUAAAUUGUUUUUUAAAAAAUAUAUUAAUUCAUAUGAACCAUUGUUGAAUAUGCUUAAAGAAAUGAAUUCAGAACAUCUGUUAAAUGAAAAAUAUAGUGGGAUUAUUCAAGAAGUACUAAAGAAAGGGCCUUCUUUAGACCAAGUUGCUUCAUUAGUUAAAAAAGAAGUUAAUUUAAAUAAUAGGCUUAAGAAAGAAAGUUCAGGAGGUAAAAGUUUUAUUGAUGACCUUAAAAGUAUGGGUAUUAAAAGGCAAAAAGCAAGUAUGGUACGUGCGCUUAAUCCUCCUAGUCAAGAAAUUAAAGAAAAGUAUCGACAAAUUGUUGAUGAGUUAUUGAAAAUACCAAAUUUUUUGGAACGAUUUUCUCUUGAUGAUGUUGCCGAUACUUUCCGUCCACUUUUUCAGUAUAACGUAGAUUCACCACAACUUAUAAUAGACUUUUUUAAAGGAUUAUUAGCCAGUCAUAAAAAAAUAGUUCAAUUAGGUAGUACUGAAUUAAAACAAAAAGUUGAAAGUUGUAAUGGAAAUAUCACAAAUAUAAAAGAAAUUACUGAUUCAUUUUUGGGAAAAUUUGAAGAAUAA